AUGCUCCUCACCAGGAAUCUCAGAGACAUUGUUCAGCGUGUUCUAGGCUCCCAGAGUUUAUACGAUGAGGAACAGCCAGAUCUCUAUAAGCCAUUGGUUAAUGAAAAAGAAGAAAAAGAAGAACUUCAAACGACCUGAUCCACUCUUUCAUCUCCUCUAUCAACACCAGUACUAUUCGACUCAUAUCUAUGGUCUGAUCGAAGCUUACAGUAUGCUUCCACCGAAGAAGCUGAAUUUGAAGUUGAUGUCAGUUCUAGUACCGCAAAGAAGUGGUUAUUAGGCUUAAUAGUUGCAAAUAUCGUGAUAUAUCUGAUAAUAGGACUUCUAGUCGCCUUUUCACUCUAAUUAGUAGUAUAAAAAACAGCCACUAGCCAUGCGUACACCUAGAAGAGAAUAGAUAAGU